CGUUGCCCAAGGUCACGCGCACGUACUACAAAACUACCAACAAUAGCGAAUGAUACGUUGAACUGCGAAGUGGAAGUGGGCGAGUUUUACAAUAAACUCUUGGGCUUCAGGUCAGGCAGUAGGACUAUUGGAGAAACUUGUGUUGUCCCUACACUGGAAAAUAAUUUUUCGGAUUCUGCAUUUGUCGGACUAGAGAAAACUUUUGAGUUGCGUUGUGCAGCUACGGAAAGUGAAUGUGUAUGUGAUAUGAGCUGCACUUCUCUGAAGCUGACACAUUACACAAACAUCACUGGAUCGUAGUCAAGGAAGUUUGUGGAGUAUGUGGGCCAGUUGUUGUAACUGGCUCUGUCUGGACUCACCCACCGUGGAGGAAAGCAGCAGCCGUAGAUCAAGCUCACGCCAUCAGGCGUAUACUAACUCAGGCUAUAGCAGCUCUAGUAACUCAUCUCCCACAGCUCCAGAGCACAUAUGUAAGGCAUGUGGAGGCCGCUUUGACUCCCUUGAAAGAAAGCAUGUAUGUGUAGACUGCAAAAAGAAUUACUGUAGUCGCUGCUCCGCUCAGUUAGAGCCUCAUCCGCGGCUGUGCCACACGUGUCAGCGUUUCCAUGGUACCAUGUUUGAGCGGGCAGAGCUGAUGAAGCUAAAAGUAAAGGACUUGCGGGACUACCUUCAUUUGCAUGAAGUCCCUACGCAAAUGUGCAGAGAGAAAGAGGAACUUGUGGAGCUUGUCCUUGGUCAGCAGACCCCUACCUCUGAUGCAUCCACACCAAGCGAGACACACGCACACACACCUUUGUCUGAGCAGGAAAUGAUCUCAGAACCAACCCCAAUCACAGAGCAACCCUCUCCAGGGAGUGGUGUUAUGACCGACCUGACUUCCCAGUCACAGACUGCAGGGGACGAGCAGAUUGAGUCAGUGGCAGAGGAGCCAGUUGAUGUUGAGGAGACAGAACUUCAGGGGGAACAGGAAUGCCAGUCAUCAGACUCAGAUGAGGCGUUGCCCUUGGGUCGGAGGGCAUCUCUCUCAGACAUUUCGUCAGUGGAGGAUAUCGAGGCUCUGACUGUGCGUCAGUUAAAGGAAAUCUUAGCCAGGAACUUCGUCAACUACAAGGGCUGCUGUGAAAAAUGGGAACUGAUGGAGCGAGUCACACGCCUCUAUAAUGACCAGAAGGAUCUGCAGAACUUAGAUUGUACAGCAGCACCCACCAUGGAAGAACACUUGUGUAAGAUCUGCAUGGACUCGCCAAUCGACUGUGUGCUUCUGGAAUGUGGACACAUGGUCACGUGCACGAAGUGCGGCAAGCGCAUGAGCGAAUGCCCCAUCUGCAGACAGUAUGUGGUCCGGGCCGUGCACGUUUUCCGAUCUUGAACCAGCACAUCUUUGGCUGGAGGAUUAAAAACUUUUUUUUAACUCUUUUUCUUGCCAGCAGCUGUUGAACUGGUUGAACUGUGAAUAAUGGAAAAACGAUAAACUAGCAAUAAUUUUUCCUUGUGUCUUUGUGUUUAGCUGUCAAGCAGGUUUGUGAUUAAAUUCUACAGUGUGUGGCUUGAAACUACUGCACUUAUUACAGUGCUGGAACAUUACAUAGAAAUCCCAGUUUCAGGAUGUAGUGUUACAAAUAAUUUAAUAGUUUUCUAACACAUUUGUUACAGCUCCAGUUUAAACCAAAAUGACCAAAAUCUAUCCAUGCAAAUACACUGGUUAUGUGGAAUGAAUGCAAAGGUAGCAGAUUUAUAAGCUCUCCAAACCAAAAAUUAUUCACUUUCACCAAAAAGAAUGCUUAAUUGUAGAGUGUUAGUAUUGCACACCUGACCAAGCGGAACACAUCACUGACACUCCCACGUCCCAUGAUGACGGCUGUAUGCUGCGUAGGGCUAAAUCUGUAUGUGACUUCUUUGACGAGUAUGAUGGAACACGGUGACAGUUUGACAGGCCUGAAAAAUCAUCGAAUCCCACAGAGCAGGUGACACCAAGAAAAGUCCCACAAACUCUAGGUAAAAAGAGUGGAUUAAACCUGACAAGAUAUAUCUCAAGAUAUCCUAUCCUGACCGGAUUCUUGCUGUUAUUAAGACUAUAGAAGACAUAACCAAUUAUCAAGAAUGAAAUAACGCAUUCAACUCGUUUUCACUCAUUUUCACUCAGUUAACUGCAUUACUUUUGCUGCUCUCUGCUACUGGAGUGUUUGAAGAGGAUACUCUGAAUUCAUCUUCACACGUCCAGAUUUAGGUUUAGAUUCAUGUCUUUGUGAAACCUGAAAGUUUUUGCCAUUUAUUUAUGAGUAAUAAAUUAUUUAUAUUGGCUGCACUCCACACUGAACUUGAGUUUAAAGGCCUUUGGUUCACAAGCAAAGAUAAUUAAUUUGCUAUAAAACUACACCGAAAUAGAGGGAAAAGUACAGAAUACAGAAUCUGAAAUCUCUUUUUGUGGAAAUUACAGAGUUAGUUAUUUUUCCAGAAACACCCUCAUUGCUUUAUCAAAUGAGUGAAGACCAUAUGGCAUUUAUUAUUAAAUCAAAAGGAGUGUUUUUGUAAGUAUCGAUGCAAAAAAUCAUAAUAGUGUGAUUUUGAGCAGCAGUUGUAAUCGCUAAGACUGUCUUAAGAUGAAUGAUAAAUGAUCUAAACCCCCAUUUUGAGAAAGUGUAUGAGAGAGAGAGAGAGACAUUUAGGUGUACAAUAAGGCUAACAAAUGUAUAAUGCUGUAUUCUUUCUGCGUGAGGCCUGUCCUCUAAAUCUGUAAAGUAUGCAGCUGAUCAGUGCUGCUAUGUUAAAUAUGUGCGACACAACAUUCAGAUAAUCAAAGUCCACAUUGUCUUCUCACUGUUUGAAUUUAAUGUUGCCUUGUACUGGUACUUGAUACUCAUAGAAGCUCACAAUAGACUCAUUAAAUUGUUUGUCAGUGCACUCUGUGAGCUUCAAGUUGACAGAAUAUUGUAGCGAUGCAUUGGAAUUUAUAUGUAGUACUCCAAAGCUUUUCAUUUUGGAUAGGCAAAAGCUAAUCAGGCUUCACUGGAAAGAAUAGUACAUUUAUAGCCUCUUAGCUUCAGGAACCGGUUUGAGGAAGUAGGGAAAUAUUAGCAGAAUUUAAGCCCUAUAAACUGAUGCAAGUCUAGAUACUGUGCCAAAGAUUACUGUCUCUGUCUAUGGCACUCUACAGUUCUAAAUGACUGCUAAUACAUCUCAAUGACUUCAGAUUCCCCAGAUUAGUGGAAACUGAUCGUGAAAGUCAUUUAUGCUGAAGUACUUUUGGGACAGAGAGUGCUGAAACAGAAAUGUGCCUUUAUUUGUUGCAGAGCUUAGCAAUGUCUGCACAGCAGAGAUGUGUUUUUAUAGAAACCAGAUGGGUUUAUGAGAAACUGUGUAACACCUUUUAAAAGACUGCACCUUAAAACAUGCCAGAUAUUGCAUGAUAACUGUUUUUGUUUUUCUGGUCCUUUUUCUUUUUUGUAACUGUUACUAAAGGCAUUUCUACAUCUCAAAAGGUUGUUCCAAACUGUUCAGUUGUUUCUCUUUGGGACAUUUAUUUUAAAAAUCACUUCAAACAUCUGGUGUUAUUUUAAUCCAAGGACCUGCACAGAUCUCAGAUGCUGCAGACUAGCCAGUGUUGAUUGUUAAACUAUUUGCAAUUUAAUGCCUUAAUUAUUCUUUAUUUCUCUACAACAGUGAAGUUAUUUAGAAAGAGUCUGGGACUUUUAUUAAGAUCAGAGCAUUUGUACAAGGUAUAUUGUAAUGCUUUGUUUUUAUUUUUCAUAGAAAAUGCAUUGUCUUUUUGAAAUGCAUAAUUAGUGUCAGAUAUCGGUUCCUGUUUCUUAAUAUAAUGUAAAUUUAUGUCAACAAAACCCUUUGACGAAGUUAAAGUUAAUUUAAAACUACAUACUAGAUUAACUAAUUGAUUUUUCUUGUGUGUUCCUUUGAUGGUUUUGUAUUAAAAUAUUGCCUGGA